CGGCCGCUCUGCAGGAGGGUGGAUGCUCUCUUCUCCGCUUCGCCUCCCACCCGAGACGGAGCCUCGCAGCUGGGAGCAGCUCCCCGAGGUGCUGGCUGAGCUCCGGUAGGGACGGAAGCUGCCGUGAAGGAAGAGGGGAACCGGCUCAGCGGGGGCCAAUGAUGGCCCGGGACCCAGCAGGGCACGGCGAGCCCAGCCCUGACGCCGGCACUGCCCCAGCCUCGGCCGUGCGCAGGGCUUCACCUUCUGCCUGCAGCCCCCGGGACGCAGCUGGAGACCAGAGCUGCAGCCGUGAGGACCAUGGGGAAGACGGAGGCGCUUGGACACAGCCCAAAGUAGGGCAGAGGCACAGCCCAGCGGGACCCCGGCACCUGCCCCAGGACCAUGAUCCCCCCCAAGGAGAAGGCCAGGGCUCCCAAGGACAGCAUGACACUCCUGCCCUGCUUCUACUUCGUGGAGCUGCCCAUCGUGGCCUCCUCCAUCGUGACGCUCUACUUCCUGGAGCUGACGGACCUCUUCAAGCCGGCCAAGGUGGGCUUCCAGUGCUACGACCGGGCACUCUCCAUGCCCUACGUGGAGACCAACGAGGAGCUCAUCCCGCUGCUCAUGCUGCUCAGCCUGGCCUUCGCUGCACCCGCCGCCUCGAUCAUGGUCGGGGAGGGCAUCGUGUACUGCCUGCAGUCCAGGCUGAAGGGACGCGCCGGUGCCGAGGGCAGCAUUAACGCCGGCGGCUGCAACUUCAACUCCUUCCUGCGCCGGACUGUAAGGUUUGUGGGCGUCCACGUGUUUGGGCUCUGUGCCACGGCCCUGGUGACGGACGUUAUCCAGCUGGCCACCGGCUACCACGCGCCCUUCUUCCUGACCGUCUGCAAGCCCAACUACACGCUGCUGGGCACCCCCUGCGAUGCCAACCCCUACAUCACCCAGGACAUCUGCUCGGGCGUGGACAAGCACGCCAUCCUCUCUGCCAGGAAGACUUUCCCGUCCCAGCAUGCGACGCUCUCGGCUUUCGCUGCCGUCUACGUGUCGAUGUAUUUCAAUUCCAUCAUCUCGGACAGCACCAAACUCCUCAAGCCCAUCCUGGUCUUUGCCUUUGCCAUUGCUGCCGGCAUCUGCGGCCUGACCCAGAUCACCCAGUACCGCAGCCACCCUGCCGACGUCUACGUGGGCUUCCUGAUCGGCUCUGGCAUUGCCGCCUACCUGGCUUACCACGCCGUCGGCAACUUCCGCGCCCCGACGGAGAGGGUCGCGGCACCGGCACCGGCCAAGGACGCGCUGCGGGCGCUGACUCAGCGGGGCCACGACUCCGUCUACCACCAGAACAAGUCAGUGAGCACCGAUGAGCUGAACCCACAGACGCGGCUGGAGGAGGCGGCGCGGCCGGUGCCGCGCGAGAAGAACUCCCUGGGCAGCCUGAAGAGGGCCAGCGUGGACGUGGACCUGCUGGCCCCCCGCAGCCCCAUGGGCAAGGAGAACAUGGUGACCUUCAGCAACACCCUGCCCCGCGUCAACACCCCCUCCAUGGACGACCCCGCGCGGCGCCACAUGACCAUCCACGUCCCCGUGGACGCCUCCCGCUCCAAGCAGCUCAUCACCGAGUGGAAGCAGAAGUCGCUGGAGGGCCGGAGCAUGACGCUGGCGGAGGAGGCGGCGCACGGCCGGGGUGCUGGGGACACCGGCGAGGACGUCCCCCCCUCCCUCUACCCCACGGUGCAAGCACGCUCGGCCGAGCGGGCGGCCAUGGGGCCCCGCGUCCUCAUCCAGCCCCGGCCGGGCGCCUCGCAGCUGGUGCACAUCCCCGAGGAGAGCCAGGCGGGCGCCGGCGUCCCGGCCGGCAGCGGGGCGGCCGUGCGGGCCAAGUGGGUGAUGGUGGCGGAGAAGGGGGGGGCACAGCGGGUGGCCAACCCCCCGCGCCUGAUGCAGGUCAUCGCCAUGUCCAAGCAGCAGAGCAUCGUCUCCGUCACCCCCAAGCACUCGGAGACCUCCUCCUCCUCCACCAGCUCCGACUCCUCGCAGUACCGCUCGCCCUCCGAGCGGGACAGCUCCAGCAUCAUCACCAUCGACGCCCACGCUCCCCACCAUCCCGUCGUCCACCUCUCCGCUGGCAACGGGCCCUGGGAGUGGAAGUCGGGGCCGAAAGGGCCGGAGGGGCCGGACGCCUACGAGCUGGGCGAGAUGGGGAAGGAUUUCCGCGGCUUCCGCCCGGCCAAGAGCGCCGGCGUCUCCCCCGGCUCCUCCGUCAGCGACAUGGAGCAGGAUGAGCCACGCUACGGCAGCCUGGCCGCCAUCCCGGGGGCGGUGGGGGGCAGCGGGGAGCGGGCGGACGCCCCCCCCGAGGGGCUGCUGGGCACGGCCAGCCGGGAGUCCACGCUGCGGAGGAAGCCGGCCGAGAGGGACGGGCAGGUGGACAGCGAGGUGGACCACUACUACAAGAAAAUGCAAGCCAGCCGGAGGUUUAAGGACUGAGCUCCCAUUGCCUUCCCUGCACCCACCCCCCCCCCCACUCCCCUGCCCCAGCUUGGGGGGGGCUGGUGUGGGGGGUCUGUAACACUGGGGUUCCUCUCUGCCGGGGGGGAUCAUCAGGAUGGGGCUGGCUUUGGCAUCAGAGCAACCGAGCGGCAUGAGGACGCGGCAGAGCGCGGUCACGCCGGAUCCUGAGCCAACCAAGACAUGGGCAGGACCCCCCACGACGCGGGACCCCGCUCCUGCCCGCGCAGCUGGGGGGGCUCAGGGGGCUCUGCCCCCGCUGGCCCACAGGGCUGGGCAGAUCCAAGCACUUUUGACUUUCUUUUUCUCUCUAACACAGGUGCUGACAUUUCUGAGGGGUUAAUUUAUUCCGGCUUUGGAAGUGUAUGUCUGUCGGCAGAGGUGG